UGGGCUAGCACUUCUAGCGGGACAGGCCUGAGCUCGCAGCGGAAGGGACCGAGCUGGCACCACCAGUAGGCGCUGGGUCACCUCUGGCGAGCUCUCAGGCCUACCCGCGCAGUGGCCUGGCCACUCUGCUGGGGCAGGGACUGCCCCUCCCGGCUGCCCAGGGCCACCUUCUGCGCGCAGCCUCUCCGGGCCGCCCGCGCCCGCCUCGCUCGCCUCGGCCUUUUCGCGCAGGCCGCGGAGGUUCGGGGCGCGGCCGUCGUUACGGCCGUGACAGUUCGCGUUCCCGGCCGGCGCGGCGGCUGUACCUUCCCCGCAGCGGGUGAAGUUGCCGCGCCGCGCGCUCCGGGGUCGGCGCUCCCCAACCUCCGAGUUCCCGCCCGCGCGCUCCCGGCGCACCCGGCUCCGGCUCUGGCUCCCCAGUACCGCGAGGUCUCCACACCUGGCUACCAAAUUCCAGAAAGAAAUUGGAAAUUGAAGAUUUAAGGAUAGAAUGUUGUUUCACAGUAUUCUCACUCACUUCAAGGAACACAUGCCAGAAACUUAAAAAGGCGUUGCGCUGAGAGGCUGGCCCUGGGUCCUGAUUGCCCUUCUGCCAGAAAGACACAGGCAGCCAAAGAUGAGUUUGGGGAAAGCAGCCGCUUGCUUCUUUAACCAUGGAAAAGUACGGCCGCAGUGAGAUGGAAAUAGUCCCAUCAGAGUCUCACUCCUUCAUCAAGUUGUUGAAAGUCAACCGGGAGCAUCUGGUCACUCACAUUCGAAACACUCAGUGUCUGCUGGACAACUUGCUGCAGAAUGACUACUUCUCCACUGAAGAUGCAGAGAUCGUGUGUGCCUGCCCCACGCAGCCCGACAAGGUCCGCAGAAUUCUGGACCUGGUACAGAGCAAGGGCGAGGAGGUGUCCGAGUUCUUCCUCCACGUGAUCCAGCAACUCUCAGAUGCUUAUGUGGAUCUCAGGCCUUGGCUGUCAGAGAUUGGCUUCUCCCCUUCGCCGCUCAUUCAGAGCAAAGCUGUUGUCAACACUGACCCAGUGAGCAGAUACAGCCAGAAGCUGCAGCAGCAACUGGGCCAGGACUCCAAGUUCAUUCUGUGCUAUGCUCAGAAGGAGGAGCUGCUGUUGGAGCAGAUGUACACAGACACGGUGGUGGAGCUUGUCAACUUCAGCAACGAGAGCCUGGGCAGCCUGGACAGCCUGGCCUGUCUCCUGGACGCAACCACGGGCGUCCUCAACGAGCAGGGUGAGAUCAUCUUCGUGUUUGGCGAUGCAGGCAUGGGCAAGUCCAUGCUGCUGCAGCGGCUGCAGAGCCUCUGGGCAGCGGGCCAGCUGGACCCAGGGAUCAAGUUCUUCUUCCACUUCCGCUGCCGCACCCUCAGCUGCUUCAAGAAGAGCGCGGCACUGUGUCUGCAGGACCUGCUCUUCAAGCAUUACUGCUACCCAGAGCAGGACCCCGGGGAGGUUUUUGCCUUCCUGCUGCGCUUUCCCCACACGGCCCUCUUCACCUUCGACGGCCUGGACGAGCUGCACUCAGACUUCGACCUGAGCAGCGAGCCCGACACCUCCUCCCCUUGGGAGCCCGCCCACCCGCUGGCCCUGCUGGCCAGUCUGCUCAGUGGGAAGCUGCUCAAAGGGGCGCGCAAGCUGCUCACGGCCCGCACGGGCGUCGAGGUCCCGCGACAUCUCCUCUGGAAGAAGGCGCUCCUGCGCGGCUUCUCCCCCAGCCACCUGCGCGCCUACACGGGGAGGAUGUUCCCCGACCGCGCCGUGCGCCAGCGCCUGCUGGAUCAACUGGAGGCCAACCCCAACCUCUGCAGCCUGUGCGCGGUGCCCCUCUUCUGCUGGAUCAUCUUCCGGUGCUUCCAGCACUUCCACGACACCUUUGAGAGCUCCCCGCAGCUGCCUGAUCUCACGGUGACGCUGACUGACAUCUUCCUGUUGGUCACCGAGGUCCACCUGAACAGGACGCAGCCCACCAGCCUGGUGCAGCAGAACACGCGGAGCCAGACGGAGACCCUCCGCGCCGGCCGGGACACCCUGUGCUCGCUGGGCCGGGUGGCUCACAGGGGCAUGGAGAAGAGCCUCUUCGUCUUCAACCAGGACGAGGUGCAGGCGUCCGAGGUGCGGGAGGGGGACCUGCAGCUGGGCUUCCUUCGGACCGUGCCGGAGCUGGGCCUCGGAGAGGAACAGCAGUCCUAUGAGUUCUUCCACCUAACCCUCCAGGCCUUCUUUGCUGCCCUCUUUCUAGUGGUGGAUGACAAGGUGGGCACUAGGGAGCUGCUCAGGUUCUUCCAGGAGUGGACUUCUCCCGAGGAGGCUGUGGCCACAUCGACCUGCUUUCCUCCUUUUCUCCCCGUCCAGUGUCUGGGGGGCCGUGGCCUGCAUGGGGAAGACCCCUUCAAGAACAAGGAUCACUUUCAUUUCACCAACCUCUUCCUGUGCGGGCUGUUGUCCAAAGGCAAACAGAAACUCCUGCGGCACCUGGUGCCCACAGCUGCCCUGCGGCGAAAACGCAAGGCCCUGUGGACUCACCUGUUCGCCAGCCUGCGCUCCCACCUGAAGAACCUGCCCCGGGUGCAGUCUGGGGGCUUCAGCCAGGUGCAGGCCCUGCCGACCUUUAUCUGGAUGUUGCGCUGCAUCUUCGAGACGCAGAGUGAGAAGGCGGGGCAGCUGGCGGCCAGGGGCAUCUGCGCCAACUAUCUCAAGCUGACCUUCUGCAACGCCUGCUCGGCUGACUGCAGCGCCCUCUCCUUCGUCCUGCAUCACUUGCGCAAGCGGCUGGCGCUCGACCUGGACAACAACAACCUCAACGACUUCGGCGUGCGAGAACUGCAGCCAUGCUUCAGCCGCCUCACUGUCAUCAGACUCAGUGUGAACCAGAUCACUGACAGUGGGGUGAAGGUGCUAUAUGAAGAGCUGACCAAAUACAAAAUUCUGACAUUUUUAGGCUUAUACAACAACCAAAUCACCGAUGUUGGAGCCGGGUACAUCGCCAGAAUCCUGGAUGAGUGCAAAGGCCUCACACACCUGAAAUUGGGAAAAAACAAAAUAACAAGUGAAGGAGGAAAGAGUCUCGCUCUGGCUGUGAAGAACAGCAAAUCCAUCUUUGAAGUCGGGAUGUGGGGCAAUCAAAUCGGUGAUGAAGGAGCAAAGGCCUUCGCAGAGGCUCUGAGGAACCACCCCAGCUUGACCAACCUGAGUCUUGCAUUCAACGGCAUCUCUACAGAAGGAGGAAAGAGCCUCGCGUGGGCCCUGCAGCAGAAUGCAUCUCUGAGAAUAUUCUGGCUCACCAAAAAUGAACUUGAUGAUGAAGUGGCAGAGAGCUUUGCAGAGAUGUUGAAAGUCAACCAGACAUUGAAACAUUUAUGGCUUAUCCAGAACCAGAUCACGGCCAAGGGGAUUGCCCAGUUGGCAGAGGCAUUACAGAAGAACACUGGCAUAAUGGAGAUUUGGACUCACUUAUGCCAGCAGAAGGAAAGCCCAUGGCCUACCUUACUGCAAUGUUGCGCCCCAUUCCAUUUCUUGUGCCUGCCACGGGACACAUACAGCACCCCCCGCUUCCCCCACAGCUUAAAUGGAAACUUGAUAAAGCCCGAGGAGGCCAAGGUCUUUGAAGAUGAGAAGCGGAUUGUCUGUUUCUGAGGGGAUAUUUUCUCGUGGGUGGGUCUUGGCCCUGGGGGCAACUAAGUGCAGUCGCCUGGCUUGGAUGGUGGCAUCCAGGGUCUGCUGAGGUGGGACUUCUAGGAAUCCAGCCUUCAUGAUGCAGAUCAAGUGGGAUCUGGCAGAGAUCCCUCCGACUGGCAGAGGCCCCGAGAAGUUGUUACAAUUCUGCAGGAAAAAGCAUGAGCCGUUUUAGUGACUGUAAACUUUCUAUAAAGAGAUGUUAAUGCACAGCCGUGACUAUUUAAAUCUGCACCUAGAGGAGCGAGACUCAGAGCUCGUACGAAAGCCUGCCCAAAGGCUAGGGGGAGCGAGUCAGUCACUGCCGUGCUCACUGGAGAGCUGAUGACAUGGUGCACAGUUGGUACCAUGUUUCUUGGGGGGCAAAGGUGCUCAACAAAGGAAAGUAUUUUACCUGAAAUAUUGUCUUCCUCCUCAGUGCCUCCCCAAGUGUUGAUACUAUUCCCACCUCACUGUAGACACUGAGGGGGUGCAGUGUGGGGGUUUGACUCCUCCAAGGCUCUGUAGGGAUUUGGUGCCAAAGGAAGGACCUACAUGUGCUUUUCUCUUAGUCCUGGAGUCUCACCAUCUGCUGACAAAGAUGGCAGGAUGCCCUCUUCACCAGACUGAGGGACAGGGCAAUGUCUUCAUAAUACUGAGGCUCCACUCAGGGCUUUCAUGGGAUGGGGCUGACCUCUAGAAGGCUGAUGCUAUGGGCUCUGCCCCAGGAAGAAGAAUCAGUACCGUCCUCCUAAAGGAAUAAAGGCCUGGCAUGCCCUUGUGGCCGUGGCAUCCAAACUGGAGCUUCUCUCUUGCCCUGUGGAGAAAGGGAAGUCUCCUCCUGCCCCUGAGCAGUUGUGAGGGUGGCUGUGUUGGAGGCAAGGCUCAGAGUUGCUGAGAACUCGGCUGGGAGAGCAUGUUAGACCCCUGCCACCAUGGCGGGCAUGCAGUGGAUGCUAAAUGGGGGGAAGGAGGAGGUUUUACCAGGUAACUCAUUCAUUUGCCAAUUCAUUUGUUAGUAAAAUACUGAAA